CCAGUUCGGUGUCCAGUAAACCGAACUGCACGCAACAUGGGGACAAAUAGGAGGCUACUGAUAUCUAUAGGAGGCUUCCUGAUAUUACUAACCUGUAUCCAUGCACACGGUCAAAAAAGUUCAGAAGAAGAUUGGGAUUCCGUUGAACAGGACUAUGGACAGAUGAAUGUAGAAAGCGAUUACUCUGAUGAAAUACAGCAGACUGUCGGAGAGGACGAUGAAGACAUUCAGCAGACUGUCGGAGAGGACGAUGAAGACAUUCAGCAGACUGUCGGAGAGGACGAUGAAGACAUACAGCAGCAUUCAGCUGGAAAUCCUUCACGGGUGAACAUUAUCACAUCACCUCCUCCGGUUUACCGAAGUCAAAAUCCUUCUCAUAACCAAAACAUUUGCACCACCUUUGGUAACUGUCACUAUAAGACCUUUGAUGGACACAUCUACUAUUAUCCUGGGCAUUGCAGUCACGUGUUAGUACGCCAUUGCAAGACCAACUAUGAAGAUUUUUUUGUGGCAAUCACACGUGAGGCCAAGAGCGAUGUUCACAUCAUCUCUUCCAUUGUCAUGAAAAUGUAUGGGGUUUCUAUUUCCUUUACUAAGAAUACUGUUACUGUGAACGAAGAAAGUGUGGAGAAACUUCCAAUAAAUGUUGACGGAAUCGAAAUCUCAAAUGCUGGCAAUUAUAUAAGGGCGCGAUACCUCACUAACAUUGACAUAGUGUGGAAUGAAGAAGACUCUAUUACGGUGAAACUCGAUGUAAAAUAUGCCAACCAAACCUGUGGUCUCUGUGGUGACUAUAACGGGAUGCCCUUCUACAAUGAGUUCGUCCUCAAUAAUGCCCACAUAACCGAUCUUCAGUAUGGUAACCUUCAAAAAUACAAUCUACCAGAAGAAAAAUGUGAGGAAACUAUAAAGGAAGAGGAAACAACAUGCCCCCAAAGUAAACAUAUAUGUACAUCUGUUCUAAAAGGCCCAGCUUUCCAAGAGUGCAAUGAAAUUGUGGAAGUUCAGGAGUACAUUGAACUCUGUGAGAAGGACAUCUGUAGAUGCAAAGGAAAUUCAACAGGGUUCUGUCUUUGCAACAUCUUUAGUGAGUAUUCCAGACAGUGUACUCAUGCCGGAGGACAACCAAAGAACUGGAGAACAUCUAAAAUCUGCCCUCCGAGAUGUGCAUUCAACCUACAAUAUAAGGAGUGUGGCAAUCCCUGUAAAGACACCUGUAGUAACCCUGAAUACUCGUCGGUCUGUAUGGAGCACUGCAAAUUUGGCUGCUUCUGUCCAGAAGGGAUGGUGUUUGAUGACAUCAGAAAAACAGGUUGCAUUCAAAAGGAGGAAUGCCCCUGCACCCAUAACGGAGAUGUUUACCCAUCAGGAAAAGGAUAUUCCGAGAAAUGUCAAGACUGCACUUGUAAGGGAGGAAAAUGGAGCUGUGUUAAAAAGGCAUGCAAUGGUGUUUGCGCUAUUGAAGGAGGUUUUCACUUCAUGACCUAUGAUCUUACCCGCUACGACCUCCACGGAGACUGCACCUACACACUAUCGAAGAUAUGUGACUCCAACCUCUUCAGUAUUUUGGGAGAACUUAGCAAAUGUGGAUAUACAGAUACUCAAACUUGCCUCAAGAGCAUUUCCCUGAGCUUGAAUGGUGGAAAGGAGUUUAUCCUUGUCAAGAAAUGUGGCAGUGUAUAUAUUAACUCUGUCUACACCAAACUGCCAGUCUCAACAGCCACUUUUACCUGCUUCAACCCUUCAUCUUUCUACAUCAUACUGCACACGAAUUUCGGCCUACAGAUGAGAAUUCAGACGGUGCCCACAUUUCAAAUUUAUAUUUCCAUUGAUCCACAAUAUAUGGGCAAAACUUGUGGUCUUUGUGGCAACUUCAAUGGCAUUCAAGCCGAUGACUUCAAAUCUCCUGCUGGAGCUAUAGAAGGAUCUGGAGCAACUUUUAGCACUUUUUGGAAGACUCAACUUGACUGUCCAAAUGUCAAAAACAACUUUGAAGAUCCCUGUGCCCUCAUUAGUCAGAAUGAACAAUAUGCAUCCCACCAUUGCGACUUGCUACUGGCCAGUGAUGGACCAUUUGCCAGCUGUUACAGGACUGUUGAUAACAAGCCAUUCCAUAAGAACUGUAUGUUUGAUGCCUGCAAUUGUGAGAACAAAGAAGACUGCAUGUGCAGUGCCCUCUCAUCCUAUGUGACUGCCUGCGCUCGAGAAGGAGUUUACUUACGCGAGUGGAGAUCAACUAUUUGCCAUUCAUACACCACCACCUGUCAGUCUGGUCAUGUCUAUAGCUACACUGUCAGUACUUGUAUGCCUACCUGCCGUUCUCUCAGUGAACCUGAUAUCACCUGUACAUAUGACAUUGGCAUUCUUGAUGGCUGCAUUUGUGAAGAUGGAACCUACCUAGAUGAAAGUGGAGGUUGUGUUCUCCCUGCUCUUUGCUCUUGUUAUUACAAGGGAACUGCUGUGUCACCUGGAGAGGUCCUUCAUAAGGAUGGGGCAAUAUGUACCUGCACAAAUGGAAAACUGGAAUGUGUUGGUGGAAAGACUGAGCAAAAAGAAUGUGAACACCCAAUGGUCUACUUCGACUGUGAUAAUGCCACUGUUGGGAUGAAAGGCUCUGCGUGUCAGAAAAGCUGUUCAACUUUUGAUACGGAAUGUCAUAGCUCUUGUGUAUCUGGCUGUGUAUGUCCUGAAGGGCUGGUGCUUGAUGAUGAAAGAAACAUAUGCAUUGCUGAAGAUGACUGUCCUUGUACACUCAAUAAUGACUACUAUGCAGCCGGAGAAACAGUCCAGGUCAAAUGCAACACUUGUACCUGUAAGCAAAGAAAGUGGGAAUGUACCACAAAUACAUGCCUGGGAACUUGUGGCACAUAUGGAGAUGGAAAUUUCUACACCUUUGACAACAGAAGAUAUCGUUUCAAUGGAAAUUGCUGGUACACUUUGGUUCAGGAUUACUGUUCUAAUGACCCUUCUGAGGGUACCUUCAGAGUCUUAACAGAAAGUAUGUCUUGUGGUACAAAAACCAACACCACCUGCUCCAAAUCUAUCAGAAUCAUUGCAGGCAGAAUUGAGCUGCAACUAGCUGACCGGAAGUUUGAGGUAGUUAAGAAGGACACUGGACCAUAUGUAGCCUGCAAAGUCCAACAAAGAGGCCUCUUUAUGGUUGUUGAGCUAGAAAUAGGUGUCGUUGUGGCCUGGGACAUGGGAAACAUGGUCAUGGUUAAGCUGGAUCCAAAAUUUGAGGGAAAAGUCUGUGGCCUCUGUGGUAACUAUGAUGGAAAUGCUGCCAAUGACUGCACAACCAAAAGUGGGUCCACGGUUGGAGUUAUUGAGUUUGGAAACAGCUGGAAACUUUCUCAGAGAUGCCCAGAUGCUGUGGAAAUUACAGAUACCUGUGCCUCUAACCCACACCGAAAAGCAUGGUCCCAAAAACAUUGUAGUAUCAUCACUAGUAGUGUGUUUGCUUCCUGUCAUGAUCUGGUGGAGGCUCUCCCGUUCCAGGAAAAUUGUGUCAACGAUGCUUGUGCUUGUGACAGUGGUGGAGACUGUGAUUGCUUCUGUACAGCUGUAGCAGCUUAUGCUCAGGCUUGUAGUGAGUUUGGAAAAUGUAUCCAAUGGAGAUCUCCAAAUAUUUGCCCUGUAUUUUGUGAUUUCUACAACCAACAAGGCCAUUGUGAAUGGCACUACAAAGCAUGUGGAGCUCCAUGUUUGAAGACUUGUAGGAAUCCAACUGGUACUUGCUUUAAUAAACUCACUGGCUUAGAAGGUUGCUACCCUACAUGUCCUGAAGACAGACCAUUCUUUGAUGAGGAAUCUAUGCGUUGUGUUGCCUCUUGCAACUGUUAUGAUGAAUAUGCAGAGGAAUAUAAACCAGGAGAAAAUAUGCCAGGUCCAACCAGAUGUUCUGUUUGCACAUGUACAAAAAACGGGAUCGAAUGCAGAAAUUCAACAGCUUGCUGCAAAUAUCAAGGCAAAGAAUAUUUACCCGGUGACAUAGUCUAUCACACAUCUGAUGGAUUUGGUGGUUGUAUGAAGGCUAUUUGUUUGCAAAAUUCAACAAUAGACAGGAAGAUGAUAGUCUGUCCAAGUACAGUAGCUCCAAAAACAACAUUUAACUUUAGUGCCUCAACUUCAACUGAAGAAUCAUCAACUAGUCCAGAAGGUUCCGCAACAUCUUCUACAUCUUCUGAAGCUCUAACUACUUCCUCUGGUGAUUCGCAAACUUCAACAGAAGUUCCAACAGUUUCACCCACUGUUUGUGUUGAGGCACAUGAAUGUACAUGGUCAGAAUGGUAUGAUUUGAGCAAACCUGAAAACAGGGAAGGAGAUUUUGAAAAUAUUGAGACUAUUGAGAGCCAAGGUCACAAAGUAUGCAAAAAUCCAAGGAAAGUGGAAUGCAGAGCUAAAGAAUACUCUAAUUAUGCACUAAAAGACUUAGGGCAAAAUGUGACAUGCAGUCGAAAAAAUGGCCUUGUGUGUAAAAAUAGUGAAAAUCCACCUUUGUGCUACAAUUAUGAAAUGAGGAUAGAAUGUUGUAAAUAUAGGGAAUGUACAACCACUUCUGCACCAACCAGUGUAGAACAUUCAUCAACAAGUGCAGAGCAGACUUCAGCUCCAACAAGCUCUUCUGUUGAAAUUAAAACACAGCCACCCGCAACUAAAGAACAUCAAACAUAUUUGCCUGUUCAGGCAACUUCACAAACACCUAUCAGCACAAGUGCUGCUACCUCUGGAACAUCUGAGUCAUCUGAAACUACAUCAGAAACAUCAACUGAAGGGUCCGCAUCUUCUGCUAUUGUAUCAACUAGUGCUGAAUCAACACCACAAAAAACACAAUCAACCACAUCCACAGGCUCAUCUGAAACAUCAAGCCCAGUGACUGAAAAAACAUCAUUAUCUAAAGAGACCCCAAAGACAUCUGCACCCUCUCCAACAACAAGCUGUGUGUAUAAGAUGGAAUGUCGUUGGACUCAGUGGUAUGAUAAUAAUAAACCUAAUACCAGAAGUGAUGGAGGAGACACUGAAAGUGUUGAUGACGUUAAAUCUAGAGGGAAUCAAAUCUGUACAAUACACGAAGUUGAAAACAAAAUGCAAUGUAGAGCUGUAGAUAAUAAAGGACUCGCUAUUGUUAAUAACAAUCAAAAAUACAGUUGUGAUAAGAACAGUGGGCUGAGAUGUAGCAAUAGAGAGCAAGAAAAUAAAACAAAGUGUUACAACUAUCAAUUUCGGAUUGAAUGUUGUGAAAAAGUUUGUGAACCAGUACAAACACCUAAAGUAACCACAACUGAAAUUACAGAACCAAAAUCUACUAGUGGUGAAACAACAACUCAGGGAACAACCGGUCAAGGAUCAGAACCUUCACAGGUUUCCACAAGACCUCCAUCCUCAGCACCUUCAACCCCAUUAUUAACUGAAGAACCUUCCAUUCCUACAACAUCACCUGAAUUCACACCUUCACCAUCAACUCUCUGUGUAUCUAAGAUGCAAUGUCGCUGGACUGGAUGGUUUGAUAAUAAUAAGCCCAGCACAAAAAGUGAUGGAGGAGACACUGAGAGCAUUGCAGAUAUAAAAUCAAAGGGCACAGAGGUUUGCAAGAGCACGGAAGUUGAACACAAAAUUGAAUGUGCAGCAUUAGACAAUAAAGGUGUACCUAUUAUGAACAACAGUCAAAUUUUUAGUUGCAGCGAUAAAGAUGGCGUGAGCUGCAGUAACAGAGACCAACCGAAAAAAGAAAAGUGUAACAACUAUGGGAUGAGGGUUUUAUGCUGUGAAGAAGUUUGUGAACCUGUACCUACACCUGCAAUAUCAACAAUUCAAACUUCUGAGCCUACAAUUAUUUCAUCUGCCACAACACAACCAACAUCUGGCUCAACAAGCAUAUCAUCUACAGAAAUUCCAAAAAUAUCUACCCCAUCAGAGGGCACAUCCCCUCCUUUAACAUCAUCAACAGUUAUAACCUCUUCUACUUCAACAACAGCAACAUGCAUACCUAAAAGGGAUUGCCGCUGGACACAUUGGUAUGAUAUCAAUAGGCCUACACAACAAAGUGAUGGUGGAGAAAGGGAAAGUCCAGAAGAUAUAAAAUCCAAAGGCCAUGAGCUAUGUAAGGUGCAAGAAUUUCUAAAUAACAUUGAAUGUGAAGCUAGUGAUCUUGCUGGAGAAACGAUUGCUGAUAGCCAUCAAAUUAUAACCUGUGAUAUGGAAAUUGGUUUAGCAUGCAAUAACAAAGAUCAGAAAAAUAAUGAAACAUGUAUGAAUUUCAAAAUAAGGGCUCAGUGUUGUGUAUCAUAUUGUGAACCAGUUGUAGCAUCCACCACACCUAGUCCAGUAGGAACUAAAUCAUCGAGCCCUACCACAAGCUCAAUUACUGAACCUACUCUGUCUUCUCCCAAAGACUGUGAAAAUGAAAGAGCAUUAGAAUGUCGAUGGACUCAGUGGUUUAAUGAAAAUCAGCCAUCUACAGAAAUUACUGGUGGAGAAAAUGAAAAUUCUGACAAAUUAAGGUCUGCAGGAUUAGAAGUUUGUAAACACAAUGAAAUUGAAUAUAAUAUCGAGUGUCAAGAUCAACAGUAUUCUUCAAUAGAAUCUGGACAAAACCUGGCACAAAAAACUACCUGUAAUGUAAAAGAAGGCUUUAGUUGUAAGAAUCAAGAUCAGUCUGAAGGAAACUGCCAUGACAACAGUAUAAGGUUUGAAUGCUGUUCUGAAAAGUUUGUUAAAUCUUGCGGUGAAUCCACAACACCCUCACCUACUGAAGGUACAAGUGUACCAACAACUAUUUCUAUAACUAAGUCUUCAUCAGAAACUCCGUCAGAAACACCCUCAACGUCAGUUACUGGCACUAAACGUCCUGAUACCUCAUCUGAAAUUAUUCCAGGCAGUAGUACUAAAGAACCUUCUUCUCCAAGUUUGUCCUCAACAGGUUGUGUAAAAAAAAUGGAAUGUCGCUGGACAUCAUGGUAUGACAUCAAUGCGCCUAAUCCUAAAGGUGAUGGAGGAGAUACUGAAAAUGCUGAAGACAUAAAAGCUAAAGGACUUCAGAUUUGCAAUAAAAAUGAAGUUGAACACAAUAUUGAAUGUGAGGCUGCUGAUAAAGAUGGAACAACAAUAACAAACAACAAGCAAACAAUGACUUGCGACAUGAAAAAUGGAUUGAUUUGUUUAAAUAAUCCCAAGAAGAUAGAAGAAUGUCCCUAUCUUAGAAUCCGUUUUGAGUGUUGUGCAGAGUAUUGCGAGAAAACUGAAACACCCACAGCUACAUUAGCUACAACAAGUGUGACUGAUACUUCUUCAGUAGAUACCACACUGCCAGGUAGCCCUGAAACUUCAUCACCUGGAAGUACAAAAUCUCCAACCAGUAGAACAGGUGUCACAUCUGCUCCAAAAACAACAUCUUCAACCACACAAACAGAAAAUACUUCCCCACCCUCUGCUACGACCACCAGCUGUGAAAAAUUUAGACAAAGUGAAUGUCGCUGGACAGACUGGCAUAACACAGAUAAACCUUCAUCAGACGACAAUGGUGAAGACAUUGAAAAUUCUGAAAAGCUGAAAUCUAAGGGAAUCGAAGUCUGUAAAAAUGAAGAAAUUGAAAAUAAUAUUGAGUGCAAACCUGCUCAAUAUUCAGAUUUAAGUUUUAAAGAUUUUUCACAAAAAACAACAUGCAAUUUAGAAAAUGGAUUUGUUUGUAAGAACAAUGAGCAAUUAGGCAAAGAACAGUGUCUAGACAAUGAAAUCAGAAUUGAAUGCUGUUCUAAAAAGUUUAUUGAAUUAUGUGGGAAAACAACCCCUUCUCCUACUUCACCAUCAUCUAGUAAAGUAACAGGAAGUCCUUUAACAACAUCCAUAACAGAGCCUUCAACACAAAGUUCUGGUGAAUCUACAACUGGUCAAACAUCACCCCCCGAAAGACCAACAUCUGGUGAAACAUCAAGUUCACACAGACCUGAAGAAACAUCUAAAACACCAGGCACUGCACCUGAAGGCACAACACCUGGUCAACCCUCAUCUUCUGAGAAAACAACAACUGGGAAAAUACCAAGUUCACAGGAACCAGAAGAAACAUCUCAAUCACCAGGCACUCCACCUAAGGGCACAACACCUGGUCAACCCUCAUCUUCUGAUAAAACAACAACUGGGGAAACACCAAGUUCACAGCGACCAGAAGAAACAUCUCAAUCACAAGGCACUCCACCUAAGGGCACAACACCUGGUCAACCCUCAUCUUCAGAGAGACCAACAACUGGGAAAACACCAAUUUCACAGGGACCAGAAGAAACAUCUCAAUCACAAGGCACUCCACCUGAGGGCACAACACCUGGUCAACCCUCAUCUUCUGAGAUACCAACAUCUGGUGAAACAUCUGCUCAAACCCCUCCAUCUAGUAGCCCACAUUAUUCUACUUCACCAUCAAAUUGUGAAGUUCUGAAGGACAAGGAAUGUCGUUGGACACAGUGGUUUAAUACAGGUAAACCAUCUUCAGGAACUGGCGGUGAAGACAUAGAAAAUGUAGUAAAUCUGAGGUCUAGGGGAAUAGAGGUCUGUAAAAAAGAAGAAACUGCAAAUGAUAUUGAAUGCAAGGCUGAAAUGCACCCAGGUGUUUACCAGGAUGGUGGACAGGUAGUGACAUGCAAUAUGAAAGAUGGUUUGAUUUGUAAGAACAAUAAACAAGCAGAUGAAGCCAAACAAUGUAUUGAUCAUGCAAUGCGGAUUGAAUGCUGCUCUAAAAAGUUUGUUGAGCAGUGUGGACAACAAACUACAGCUCCUGCAUCAACCACAUCUCCUGAGACAUCUUCUAGGGAGAUUACUGGAACUCCUAGUACGUCCACCUCUGUUUCUAGUACACCAUCAAGCCUUGUAACUGUGACUUCAACCUCUGGUACAACAGCUCAUCCAACUGGCUCAUCCCUUUCUACCUCAUCUUCUGCAACUGCUACUGGUAGCACAGAAGUAUUGACAACAACUGUUACACCAGAAGAAAGUACAUCACCAACAUCUGAAACCUCAACUUCACACCCUGACACCACACCAAAUUGUUUCUGCAAAGUCGAUAAUAAAAUGUUAUCUCCAGGUGAACCUCUCUACAUAACACAAGACUUCAAUAAUUGCAAAUACCAUGCAGUUUGUGGAAGCACAUGUGAAAUUGAAUAUUCUGUAGGGGAAUGUUCCACAACAAAUGAACCGGGAACACCAACUGAACCGGGAACACCAACUGCACCAGGAACACCAACUGCACCAGGAACACCAACUGCACCAGGCACACCAACUGAAGCGGGCACACCAACUGAAGCGGGCACACCAACUGAACCAGGCACACCAACUGCACCAGGAACACCAAUUGCACCAGGCACACCAACUGAAGCGGGCACACCAACUGAAGCGGGCACACCAACUUCAGCAGAAAAGACCAGCAUAAAAGAUGUCAACACUAACAAACCCACAAUAACUAGACCGAGCAAGAGACCUUCUACUGGUGGCACUGAUUCAACUAGUGCAUCCACUGAACCAGGAACGCCAAAUGAACAGGGAACACCAACUGCACCAGGAACACCAACUGCACCAGGAACACCAACUGCACCAGGCACACCAACUGAAGCGGGCACACCAACUGAAGCGGGCACACCAACUGAACCAGGAACACCAACUGCACCAGGAACACCAACUGAAGCGGGCACACCAACUGAAGCGGGCACACCAACUGAACCAGGCACACCAACUUCAGCAGAAAAGACCAGCAUAAAAGAUGUCAACACUAACAAACCCACAAUAACUAGACCGAGCAAGAGACCUUCUACUGGUGGCACUGAUUCAACUAGUGCAUCCACUGAACCAGGAACAACAAAUGAAGCAGGAACACCAACUGCACCAGGAACACCAACUGCACCAGGAACACCAACUGCACCAGGAACACCAACUGCACCAGGCACACCAACUGAAGCGGGCACACCAACUGAAGCGGGCACACCAACUUCAGCAGAAAAGACCAGCAUAAAAGAUGUCAACACUAACAAACCCACAAUAACUAGACAGAGCAAGACACCUUCUACUGGUGGCACUGAUUCAACUAGUGCAUCCACUGAACCAGGAACACCAAAUGAACAGGGAACACCAACUGCACCAGGAACACCAACUGCACCAGGAACACCAACUGCACCAGGCACACCAACUGAAGCGGGCACACCAACUGAAGCGGGCACACCAACUGAACCAGGAACACCAACUGCACCAGGAACACCAACUGAAGCGGGCACACCAACUGAAGCGGGCACACCAACUGAACCAGGCACACCAACUUCAGCAGAAAAGACCAGCAUAAAAGAUGUCAACACUAACAAACCCACAAUAACUAGACCGAGCAAGAGACCUUCUACUGGUGGCACUGAUUCAACUAGUGCAUCCACUGAACCAGGAACGCCAAAUGAACAGGGAACACCAACUGCACCAGGAACACCAACUGCACCAGGAACACCAACUGCACCAGGCACACCAACUGAAGCGGGCACACCAACUGAAGCGGGCACACCAACUGAACCAGGAACACCAACUGCACCAGGAACACCAACUGAAGCGGACACACCAACUGAAGCGGGCACACCAACUGAACCAGGCACACCAACUUCAGCAGAAAAGACCAGCAUAAAAGAUGUCAACACUAACAAACCCACAAUAACUAGACCGAGCAAGAGACCUUCUACUGGUGGCACUGAUUCAACUAGUGCAUCCACUGAACCAGGAACAACAAAUGAAGUGGGAACACCAACUGAACCGGGAACACCAACUGCACCAGGAACACCAACUGCACCAGGAACACCAACUGCACCAGGCACACCAACUGAAGCGGGCACACCAACUGAAGCGGGCACACCAACUUCAGCAGAAAAGACCAGCAUAAAAGAUGUCAACACUAACAAACCCACAAUAACUAGACAGAGCAAGAGACCUUCUACUGGUGGCACUGAUUCAACUAGUGCAUCCACUGAACCAGGAACGCCAAAUGAACAGGGAACACCAACUGCACCAGGAACACCAACUGCACCAGGAACACCAACUGCACCAGGCACACCAACUGAAGCGGGCACACCAACUGAAGCGGGCACACCAACUGAACCAGGAACACCAACUGCACCAGGAACACCAACUGAAGCGGGCACACCAACUGAAGCGGGCACACCAACUGAACCAGGCACACCAACUUCAGCAGAAAAGACCAGCAUAAAAGAUGUCAACACUAACAAACCCACAAUAACUAGACCGAGCAAGAGACCUUCUACUGGUGGCACUGAUUCAACUAGUGCAUCCACUGAACCAGGAACACCAAAUGAAGCGGGAACACCAACUGAACCGGGAACACCAACUGCACCAGGAACACCAACUGCACCAGGAACAUCAACUGCACCAGGAACACCAACUGCACCAGGCACACCAACUGAAGCGGGCACACCAACUGAAGCGGGCACACCAACUUCAGCAGAAAAGACCAGCAUAAAAGAUGUCAACACUCAAAACCCCACAAUAACUAGACCGAGCAAGAGACCUUCUACUGGUGGCACUGAUUCAACUAGUGCAUCCACUGAACCAGGAACACCAAAUGAACUGGGAACACCAACUGCACCAGGAACACCAACUGCACCAGGAACACCAACUGAAGCGGGCACACCAACUGAAGCGGGCACACCAACUGCACCAGGCACACCAACUGAAGCGGGCACACCAACUGAAGCGGGCACACCAACUGCACCAGGCACACCAACUGAAGCGGGCACACCAACUGCACCAGGCACACCAACUGAAGCGGGCACACCAACUGAAGCGGGCACACCAACUGAACCAGGCACACCAACUGAAGCGGGCACACCAACUGAAGCGGGCACACCAACUGAAGCGGGCACACCAACUGCACCAGGCACACCAACUGAAGCGGGCACACCAACUGAAGCGGGCACACCAACUGAACCAGGCACACCAACUUCAGCAGAAAAGACCAGCAUAAAAGAUGUCAACACUAAAAACCCCACAAUAACUAGACAGAGCAAGACACCUUCUACUGGUGGCACUGAUUCAACUAGUGCAUCCACUGAAGUAAGCACUGAACCAGGAACAGAAUCCACUUGUGGACCAUGUGAAUGCUUAAUGCCAGACUGUCGUACAGGAUAUCGUGUGGUGUCUUAUAGGCCCCCUGGCGCCUGUUGUGCUACUAUCACAUGUGAACCGGAUUCAGUCUGUGUAGCAGACAAUACCAUAUAUAGGCCUGGAUCCAUCAUUCCUCAAGCUAAGGAUGCAUGUCAGAAAUGCGAGUGUUCCAAGGAUGAAAAAGACGAAACUGGCUUAUAUGCUGUAACAUGUCAAGAGCUUGUCUGUGACUCGACCUGUGAGAAGGGCUUUGAAUAUGUUGAAAAGGAAGGUGAAUGCUGUGGCGAAUGUGUACCCAAGCAAUGUACAAUGAAGAAGGUGAAGGUAGAGAGUGGAGAAAAGGGAGAAAGUGGUCAGAAGGGAGAAAGCGGUCAGAAGGGAGAAAGUGGAGAAAACAAAGAGGAAGACACACAAAUUUUGAUUGCGAUUGGAGAUACCUAUCGCCCUGAAGGCAGCACUUGCGUUUAUUACGAAUGUGAUGAGGAAGAUGGCAAACCUAUUUUGACCAAAGUGAAGAAAGUUUGCCAAGAGUUGGAUGUCUCCAAAUGCGAGGAGGGCACAGUUAAAUAUGAUGACGGUGACUGCUGUCAGACAUGCACACCUAAGACAGAACUUCAGGUAGUAGAGAAACCAGUGGUUGAAAAUUGUAGCUCUCGCAAGAAUAUGACGGUAUUGGGAGACGGUGACUGUAAGAUUGAGAUGGAGCUCCCAUACUGCGGAGGACCUUGCAUGGGGACAUCAAAAUAUUCAGCAGAAUCACAGGGAAUGGAACACAAGUGUUCUUGCUGCACAGUACUGAAGUCCGAUAAAAGAGAAGUAGAACUGCUAUGUGCCAAUGGUCAGCGCAAAACUCACUUUUACGACCAUGUGAUUGAAUGUGGCUGUUCAGUAGCUACCUGCAAACCACUCCCCUCUGGUGAGAAUCAAGAAAUACAGCAAUAUGAGCAGAGAUCCCAAACGUCCUCUAGACGAAGGAGAAGAUAAACUAAAAAAGAGAGAGCAAGGCAGCAAUAUUAAGGUUUUUUGAAUAGUCUACUUAACUAAAAUUCCCCAAUGAUUUCCCUUCUAAUUUCUACAUAAUGCUACCCCCAUAGUCAACUGCUGGAUAGAACGAGACAUAUGAAGGUUAUGUAUAUGGAAAUGAUGUGUGAAUUCCAGCAUCUCUUGCAAAAAGCUUUAUGUUGUUACUUGCUUUCUUAUGCUUUUAAUUCCUUGUAUAUGUAUAUGUCAUUAAACUAUAAAAUCACUGUGCAA